AUGACGGACUACGUCGGUGCUAUACACCGGCUGGCCAGCCGCGCUGAUGAUCCCGGCCAGACCACGGCGUCGGCAUCCGCGUUCUUGACCACCUUGGUACCCGCGCUGAUCAGUGCCGUUGUCAUGACCUCGCUGUUCAUUGUUCUUCGCAAGCGCGAGCACCGCAUGUAUAUGCCUCGUACCUAUAUCGGUUAUCUCCAGGACUGGCAGCGCACCCCGGCGAGCCCAACUGGACUGUUCAAUUGGAUUCCGGCGAUGUACAAGCUCCCCGAUACCUAUGUCCUGCAGCACCACUCCCUCGACGCCUACCUUCUGCUUCGCUUCCUGAAGAUUUCUGCGCUGAUGAUGUUUAUCGGCUGCUUCAUCACCUGGCCCGUCCUGUUCUCCGUCAACGCGACUGCCCACGCUGGAAAAAAGCAAUUGGAUAUCCUAAGCAUAUCCAAUGUCGCUUCGCGGGAUUACGCGCGAUUCUACGCUCACUGCUUCAUUUCUUGGAUUUUCAUUGGCUUCAUCUUCAUGAUGAUUACCCGGGAGCACGUCUUCUACAUCAACUUGCGCCAGGCAUACCAGUACUCUGCCGCCUAUGCCAGUCGCAUUUCGUCGCGGACGGUUCUUUUCUCCGCCGUGAGCGAAGACUACCUGAACAAAGAAAAGAUUAGCAACAUUUGGGGCCGUGAAAAGGUCAAGAACGUCUGGAUCGCAACUGACACAGCCGAGCUGGAGGACAAGGUCAAGGAGCGUGACUCGGCCGCUAUGAAGCUCGAGGGGGCGGAGACCAAGCUUAUCGUUCUGGCCAACAAGGCCCGCGCCAAGGCCCUGAAGAAGCGCGGCACCGAGGAAGAAGGAAACGCCCCCGAGGAGGAUGUCGGCGAGUUCGACGACGAGUCCGGCUCUGUGGCUGCCCGCUACGUCCGCGCUAAGGAUCGUCCAACCCACCGUCUCAAGCUUCUGAUUGGAAAGAAGGUCGAUACCAUCAACUGGGCUCGUUCCGAGAUCGAGCGUCUGAACCCCGAGAUCGAGGAACUCCAGGCUAAGCACCGCGCGGGCGAGGCUAAGAAGGUCUCUUCUGUUUUUGUUGAAUUCUACAAGCAGGCCGAUGCCCAGUCUGCCUACCAGUCCGUGGCUCACAACCUGCCCCUGCACAUGGCCCCUCGCUAUAUUGGGUUGGACCCUACCCAGGUCAUCUGGAGCAACCUUCGCAUCAAGUGGUGGGAGCGGGUAAUGCGACGCAGCGGCACCCUUGCUUUCAUUACCGCUAUGAUCAUCUUUUGGACUAUUCCUGUUGCCGUCAUUGGUGCCAUCUCGAACAUUAACUUCUUGACCGAAAAAGUCCACUUCUUGAGAUUCAUCAACCAUGUUCCCAGCUGGAUUAAGGGUGUUAUCACUGGUUUGCUCCCUUCGGUCUUGCAGUCUGCUCUCAUGUCUCUGGUUCCCAUCGUCAUGCGACUCAUGGCCAAGCUGGGUGGUGCUCCGAGUCAGGCAUCUGUCGAGCUGUUCACCCAGAACGCCUACUUUGCCUUCCAGAUCGUCCAGACCUUUUUGGUUCUUACGUUGGCGUCUUCCGCCGCCGGUGUGGUCUCGGACAUCAUCCGGAACCCCAGCUCCGCUGCCUCGUUGCUUGCGUCAAAGAUCCCCACUGCCUCUACCUUCUACAUUACCUACAUCACUUUGCAGGGUCUGUCUUUCAGUGCUGGUGCCCUGGUUCAGAUCAGUGGCCUUAUUCUUGGAAAGAUUCUGGGCAGGUUCUUGGAUAAGACUCCCCGUAAGAUGUACAAGCGCUGGUCCAACCUGGCUGGCCUUGGAUGGGGUACUGUUUACCCUGCCUUCACAUUCUUGGCUACUAUCGCCAUCAUCUAUUCCUGUGUCGCUCCUCUGGUUCUCGGGUUCUCCACCAUCGCGUUGUACCUGUUCUACUUCGCCUACCGAUACAACGUGCUCUAUGUGUCGAACUCUCAAAUUGAUACCCAGGGUCGAUGCUACACUCGCGCUCUGCAGCAUCUGACGGUUGGAUGCUACGUCCUCAUCAUCUUCCUGAUUGCUCUGUUCGCCAUCGGCACCGGUAGUAACCGCAUGGCUUUGGGCCCUCUGAUCCUGAUGAUCAUAUUCCUUGUGUUCGUGAUACUGUACCACGUCUCGCUAAACAACGCUACCAAUCCAUUAAUCGAAUACCUGCCCAAGAACAUUGAAGCCGAGGAGGAUGCGCUUCUCGCUGCUGACCGCGGCCAGGUCCACAGCGGGGCUGAGGAAACCGACGAUGUCUCCGAUGCCGUCACCAAAAACGGCGAGCAUACCGGCGUCUCCAACGGCGACAGCGGUGUCGGCACUGUCGACUCGGCUGAGAAGGGUCUGGCUGAUGGCCCCCGCGUCCCCGAGAAGCCCAAGGGCAACUUCUUUCAGCGCUGGCUCCGCCCAGACAUCUACUCCGACUACGCCACUCUGCGCCGUCUCGUCCCCAACCACGACGAGGUCCCUCCUUACCCUGCAGAAGUCGAGCGUGACGUCUACCUCCAACCGUCCAUCAAGGCCCAGCCUCCCCUGCUCUGGCUGCCUCGCGAUACCCUGGGCGUUAGCACGCAGGAGGUUGCUCACACCUCCCGUGUCAUCGCAAUUACCGAUGACGAGGCCUGGUUGGAUGAAAAGAAUAAGAUCCAAUGGGACGUCAAGAAGGGCCGACCCCCCAUUUACGAAGAGAAGAUCGCCUACUAG